AUGUCAGCUGCCAAUAACUCUGGUAUGGAAGAAUAUAAACUCGCCGUUGUCGGUGGAGGUGGUGUCGGUAAAAGUGCCCUCACAGUCCAAUUCAUUCAAAACAUCUUUGUUGAAGAAUACGACCCAACCAUUGAAGAUUCCUAUAGAAAGCACGCCAAAGUGGAUGAUAAACCAUGUUUCUUGGAAAUUCUUGAUACUGCCGGACAAGAGGAAUACAAAGCCUUGAGAGAUCAAUACAUGAGAACUGGUGAUGGUUUCUUGUUGGUUUAUUCCGUGAUUGAUAGAAAGACUUUUGAGGAAAUUAAUGACUUCUAUGAACAAAUUUUGAGAGUGAAGGAUGCUGAGAAGGUACCCAUGGUGUUGGUGGGUAAUAAG